AUUCGAUGCUCGGGUUUUGAGAGCUCCCAAGAUGGACGGUGCAGCAACUGUAUCCGCUUUAAUCAGGAGUGCAUGUUUACGCCCGUCUCUUCCCAAGCUCAAGCUUUCGUCCCAGCGCAUGCAGCCUACCCUCACCUGCGCAACCAGGCCCAGGGCCGUGGGCGCGGUGCUUAUCCCGGCGAUGGUGUGAUGCUAUAUGGCGCUCAUGGUCAACCUCUCCCACCGCAGCAACAGCAGCCGCCGCCGCCGCCUGAGACCACGCUUCCUCCUCCUCAGGGCAUGUACCAGCAUCCUUACGGCCGCCCACCACACCUUGAUAACCAAAACCCCCCGCCACCACUGGCACAUCCUCCCAUGUCUCAAGAUCAGAGACAGCCAGGUACUCGCCGCGGCUCCGGAUCAGGCUUUGAGUACCCCGAUCCCACAAAUCUCGCCCCGGUAUCCCCUGCUGUUUCGGCGCCCAAUUACUCCGCACCACCGUACUACCCGGCGAGCCACGAUAAUAGACGCCCAUCGCCGCAGUCGGGCUAUUCCUACGAUCGGAAUUCUCCGCACAACUCAACCUACCCACCAAUGCAGGCUGGCCAGACCCCACCACCGACCUCGACGCCGAGUUCUUCUAGAGGAGGACUCAACGUCCGCGACAUGCUCAACCCAGGCGAUCAAGGUCAAAGUGGUCGUUCCAGCACCGACAGUGACAUGGUCAACGCCUUAAACCGAAGAGUCUAA